AUGGAUAUUUACAAGGAAAAGGUCAGUUUAUUUUACAAGGCAAAGUCCAUAGCUUCAUCUCUUUUUGGAAUAGUAUUAUGGUCAGCAAUCUUAUCAGCUCCCAGGCAAAUCUCAAUAUCUUCUGGUCUUAAAACCCUAGUUUACUCACAGAGAGAAUCAUCAUCUCAGUUUAUUGUCCAUUCUUAUACGAUAUCACCACCACCAUCGUCAUCAUCACUCUCAACAUCAGCAUCACUGUCAAUGUCUCUGUCCAGUAGUUUUUGCUCUUCUUGGUCUUCUAUGUUGGACGAUUUGAUCGGAACAGAUAGUGGAGUGCAUUUAGACCCCAGUGAAGAAGAAGCAGAAAUUCCAAGAAUGGAGAAAAUGGAGAAGUAUAGUAAUAAAUGCCACAAUCUUGGAAAGCGAAAUCAAGAAUUAUGCGAAAUGAAAAAGAAAUAUCCACCGCCAAUUCCUUUACUAGCAAGAACGUCCAAUUUGGAUGGUCACAUGCCUCGGAUUUUAACAAGGCACUAUUGUGAUGGAAGAUUAAUCCUUAGAGAGGAGAAAGUAAAGCAUCAUGAAUAUUUUGAAGCAUAUAGAGAAAAUGGUACUCUUAUCUUGAAACUUGUACAGUUAAAUGACACAGUUGAAUGUUGCCAUUCUUGUAAUUGCGAGAAAAAAGAGGAGAUAGAGAUGCAAGAUCUUCAACUUAUGGAAGAAGACGGGAGCCAAGAAGAUCAAGAAAGUAAUAAUCUAAUGGAGACCUUUUCAGAAUCUUGCUUGCCUAAGUCAUAUUAUAAUAACUUGGAGAAUGGAAGUGAAAUGAUGAUAUCGGCUUCUUAUUUAUCAUGCAAUAUUGCCAGUGCUCAUAGAAAUAAUCAAUCGGCUACUGCAGCUGCUAAUUUGGCCUUUACUCGUCCAAUGGCCGCUGUGGUUUAG